GAUUGAGGUUAUGUCGGGUUGGUGGUGGGUUACAGAAACCUGUAAUUUGGUAUCACGUUCGGGGGAUUAAAAAAUUAAAAAAGACAGUUUAUUGUGGUUUUGUGAGAAAUUGAGGAACACUAAAGACACUUAAGUAGUUGGAAGCUUUUUUUUUAUAAAUUAAAUAAAAAAUUGACAGUUGACUAGUUGACAUUUGACAUAACCUAAAAAGUUGUCGCGUUUUUUUGCAAAUUUCUUGGUAUUUUCGGCAUGUCGCGGGUUGGGGACCCCCUAGUGUGCCUCCCGGGCCAGCGUUUGUGCCUCUCGGACCCCUCCCACGUGUCAGGUCAAGGCACGUACGAACGUGGGGGCUACAUCUACUCCACCCUCGCCGGAGUCGUCGACAUCAUCCCCAAAGACAAUAUCGAAAUCAUCGAAGUGCACAGUUCGGGCAAAGAAACCCUCGUGCCGUCCCAGGGGGACAUCGUCACCGCUCAAAUCCACACAAUCACCCAACAAUUCUGCAAAUGCUACAUUAAAUGCAUCGGAGACAAGGUUUUGGGGCGCCAAUAUCGCGGGAUUCUGCGCAAGGAGGACGUGAGAGCGGCGGAGAAGGACCGCGUGGAGAUUUACAAAAGUUUCAGACCGGGAGAUGUGAUUCUAGCGAGGGUUUUACCCAUUACGGAGGCCCACACGUAUCAGUUGUCCACGGCGGAGAACGAGUUGGGGGUCGUGACGGCGCAUUCCGAACAUGGGGGCCUCAUGGUGCCGGUGAGCUGGACGGAAAUGCAGUGCUCGAGGACGUUUGUGAAGGAGGCACGCAAAGUGGCGAGGGUCGUACCCGAAACGGUCCAAAAGGAAAUGAAUAAAUAAAAAACGCAAUAAUUUUGAUCAAAUAAAGUUAAUUUUCAUUCAU